UAGGCGCUUUAGUCUCUUGUUGGGACGCGACGCGUGAGUAUGGGGCAUAAGUGCACCCCUAAAGGUAUGAACGGUACCGUGCAUUGAAAACAAUCGUCGUGACGCGACAAAAAAUUGCAUAAAUACUGCGUGAAGCGGACGUUUCAUCCUCUAUCCCAUAUUUAUCGAGCUUUUGUUUCGGUGACAUCGUACCGUAUCGAAGUGAGAACUGUCAGUCCGCAAAUGUCCGGUGAAUCGAUCGUGUAACACGCGACAACGAGACGAUACGUAUUGUCGUCUGAUGAAAACUGACAGUCUUGUGCGCCACAGAUCGAAACGAUUUUAAGAUUAAAUCGUUCGUCGAUGCGACACUCGUCGUUGCGUGUGCCUGUCAGGGAUACGUGAAGAAGGUUUUUCUUUAAGGCACGUGAGAGAGGUAUCGUGGAGGCAAUAUGUCGGUGCUUCUGGAAGCGAGGUCUUACAGGCCUUUCAAGUCCUCGGAGGAGUAUCUGAUCGCGAUGAAAGAGGAUCUGGCCGAGUGGUUGAACGCGCUGUAUCCGGAGUUGAGAAUCAACGUUGACAAUUUUAUGGACAGGCUGGACACCGGCGUCGCUCUCUGCAAACACGCGAACAACGUACGCAAGUCGGCGGCGGAAUACGUGGCGCGGCGUCAGGCGCGCAAGAUCUCGAUGACACGAUCGAUGACCUCGUCGCUGGCCGUGCCGAUGAGCCAGCUGAGCGACGUGGCCUUCCUGCCGAACGCGAAGGCCGGCACCUUCUUCGCCCGUGACAACGUGUCCAACUUCAUCGGUUGGUGCCGCAACAGCUUGGGUAUCAUCGAGUGCCUGCUAUUCGAGACCGACGACCUGAUUAUGCGCAAGAACGAGCGACACGUGAUCCUCUGUUUGCUGGAGGUGGCGAGGCGGGGCGCGAAAUUCGGUAUGCUGGCGCCGAUGCUCGUCCAGAUGGAGAGGCAGAUAGAUAGGGAGAUAGCGGCGGAGAAUAAGGCGGCGAACGGUGCCCAUGGAAAUCCCGGAAACGACGAGAGCGACGACGAGUACGCCGAUAUGCAGCAGGAGGAACCGUGCCUCAUAUACGGACCCCAGCCACAGAUCGUCACCAACGAUCUGAAGAGCUUGGACGAGAUGGUUCGUGAUUUGGUGGAAAGGUGCACAUGCCCCACUCAAUUCCCAAUGAUUCGCGUUUCCGAAGGGAAAUAUCGAAUCGGAGACACGAAGGUGUUGAUUUUUGUACGAAUCCUUCGAAGCCACGUUAUGGUUCGAGUAGGUGGAGGUUGGGACACCCUUAGCCAUUAUUUGGACAAACACGAUCCAUGUCGAUGCAGAACUUCACAUCGCUCGAUGAUCUCAGCAAAAUUGAUUCAAAAGGCUGGAGGGUCGUUCGACCUUGGCAGCGCGCAGGUACAUUACGAAAGAUCACCCCCUAGAACUCGACGGAGUUCGGCGUCGAGCGUCGGUUCGUGCGCGGGCACGAUGCAGAAUCAGCAAUCGGCACACGCGGCCAAAGGCGUUUCCAGCAAUCGGUCCCGAUCGCCCACGCCCCACCAUCUCGGCGGCAAUAAGCAGCAACAAACGACGACGAGCGGCGACGAGCAACGAAAGAUGAAUCGAUCGAGAAGCCCAACGCCACAGAGGAAGUUCCUGGGCAGCCCCGUUCACCAGUCAGACUUUGGGAAGCAACGAUCGAGAUCCCCGACACCGAAGGCUCAACUGAGGUCCAGCAGUCCGACGACCAAAUUGGACGGCGCAAAGGGUGGAUCUGCGGUGGAUUCGGCUGGUAGAAGCCUGUACGAAGAGGCUCGUUCACCGACCCAUCAUGGAAGGCAGCAUCAGGAAGCAAAGGAUGCGAAGAAGGAUCUCCAUCAAGAAAUCCGCACUAAAGUCCCCCUGACGGAGGAAUUCACGAGACGAUACGUUGUCGAUGGCGGCGUGGCACGGAGGGCAGUGGAGAAAGACGACACGCCGAAAUACGAGCCGACGAUUUACAAUUACAAGUGUCGCGAGGACUCGAGCAGCCGUAGUCCGACCCCUAGUCCACCAGCAAUCAAGGAGGAGCCGGUAUUGGAGAACUUCAGCAAAGACGUAACGGGGAACGUACAUUACACCAAGUCGCCGCACGACGGAGAGCACUCGGAUAAUUGCAGCGAGGUGUCCGACGAAGGUUAUAGAAGCUUAGGAGCAGUCCAGCCGACUAGUGGAAACGGAAAUUCCGGGACUUGCACGCAAGGAUCGCCCACGGUUGCCGAUUGUCAAAAGCAACCCUCGAAGCCAGAGGCAGAGGAGAGGUCGUGCGUGGAGACGGAGAGCAUCGAGACGGGCCUGCGCAAGAUCCGGAUAGGCCCACCGAGCCCUCUUCGAGCCUCCCCCUCUCGAAGCGUGGCCUCCUCCUCCGGAGACCGUACCCCCCGCGCCAACUCGAUCGUCCGUGAAAACAGCAACGUUUCGAGAGGCUCGUCCGGAAGCAGAACGCCCAGGGACAGCAACUCGAGCCCGGAGGGAAGUCCCUUGAAACGUGGCACGAUAAGGAACAGUUUACGCAAGCCGCCGACGGGAAGUCUGAGCAAGGCAUCGGCGGUGAUGGGCGGCAAAAGCUGUCAGGGUCCGGUGAGCGGUAGCAACACGUGGAACGGUAGACAGGCAAGGCAGAGGCCCAGCAUCCAAUCCGACACUUUCCUCAACCCCCAUGGUCCAUCGGCCAACAAUUGUGCAACGACGACGACGACGACGACGGCAACGACGACGACGACCCCCAACUUCAGCAGGAGGAGCCCGGCCAGGCAGAGCCUGCCCAGGCAAAGUUCGAACGGUGGUGGUGUGCAGUACGACAGGAACGGGAGAAGGAUGAAAACCGCUCCAACAGGGUCCCUCCAAUCCUCGCCCACCAAGGUGGCCAACCCCCUUCUCGAGCAGAUCCUUCAGAAAGUGGGCCAUUUGCAGGACGAGCGCGAGGUGGUUCAGAAGCUUCAGGAUCUGUUGAGGGAUUAUCAGGCUCACGGCUCCGGGGAGGGAGUGGCGAACAUGGAGUUCACCAGGGCGUGGAUCGAUGGUAACGGGACCGUGGCGUUGCCCCAGGACAAUCAGAUGACGGCCAGUCCAAGGAAGGAUCCCAAGUCGGUGUCGGAGAGGGGAGGUUUCUCCAGGAUACCGGCCCCCGUUUACAAGAGGCCUAUGUCCGUCGCGUCCGACAGCGUGUGAAGUAUCUCUCGCAGCUGUCGAACAACGUCUAGGGGACGGUGUAGAUGAUGAUGAUGAUGAUGACGAGGAUGAGGAUGAGGAUGAUGGCGACGAUGAUGAAGCUGGUUCGAAGCGUGUCCUCGAGGUCAUCGGGCUCCUCGAUCGCGGGCCAGGACUCGUGACGCCCUCGAUUUAACGAGAUGUUUGUGCCGAUUGCGACGCGAUCGUGGAUACGUGGAACUGCGCGCGAGUAGAGAUAGAAGAAGGGCGAUCCGAGGGUGUUUCAAGUUGGAGUGUGGGGAUUAAGAUGGUUUCGUUUUUUUUUUUUUUUUUUUUUUUAAAUGUUCGAGGUUAUUUUCAUGGGUAAUGUUCGGCUUGGAAAAGCCUGUUUCGAUACGCGACUCGAGAAAAGAAGAGUUAUCAUUUUCUCGUUAUUACUUUAUCCACGGACGGACGAUCUCUGUCGAUGGAAAAUUUAAUCUUAUCUUAAGACGCUAAACUCACGGUUAUUAUAUUUUUCUAUCUUUUCUAAGAUAGAUUACUUGGCUUUCGAAGCGAUAUUACCUAUGGGGAUAACCCGAUAGUUUUGGGAAAAACUAUGUGUAUUUUUGAUGGUGCUUGGAAGAUUUCUUUUCUCUUAAAACUAUCUCCGAUGUAUAUAACAACACUGUGAUUGAAAAUUUUGUUCUCAUCUAAGGAGGAAUAGAAAUCAUCUUAUUUUUUUUUCUCUCUUUCUUUCUUUCUUUCUUUCUUUCUUUCUUUCUUUCGCGAAUUUCGUAAAAAUUCUCGGACGUUUUUUCUUAAAAAAAAGAAAGAAAAGAGCAACGGUUCCACAUUUCCGCGCGAUGGCGGAUCGAAGGCGUCCGAUUAGAGGCGAAGCUUAACGGGCCUUAACGGUACGAGGUCGAUCGGUUAGCUCGUAGGAGUCGCGUGUAUAUCGGGGUGGUGCUCGGAUGGUGCUGAACGUGAGAUGACGUUCGUGAUGCAAAUAAGAUUAUAAGAUGACCGAAAAAAGAAAAAAAAAGAAAAAAAAAGGAAAAAAACAAAAAUAAAAAAAAAUUAACAAAAGGGAAAAGAGGGAAAAAGAAAAACGUGGAGAGAAGGAGGACAAAGGAGGCGAGAAGAGGACAACGAGAGAGAUAGGUAGGUAUAGGUAGGUAGAUAAGUGGAAAAAUUCGUCUCGUCGACGAUUAACAACAAUUUCGAUCGAUGAACAGAGAGCGGGUUUCGAGCGAGCAAUUAGCCUGGUGUGCGUUAAUGGCUUCCCGAUCGAUUUGCUUCCAGUCAAUUGCAUCCCCGGCUGACGGCUCGUCGAUUGAUCCAAGACGAGAGAUUACACCUUGGUCACAAACGACAAGCGAUCUCUCUUCUUUGUCGUGAUAUUUCCCCCCCUCUCCUCUCUCUCUCUCUCUCUCUUUUUUUCUCGUACAUUGUAAUCGAUAACUCGUCGUUUUUUCUUUUUCUUUUCUUUUUUUUCUUUUUUUAUUGGAUUCUUUUAUCGCGACGAAACGAAAUAAUUUAGGAUUCCGUGACUCGAGAAAUAUUGGAAAAGGUUUAAAGAAGAUUACGAGAGAAGAGGAGAACGAAAAUACGACGAAUCGUUCGAAAUGUAAACUUAAAAAGAAAAAGAAAGAAAAAAAAAAAAGGGAAGAACUAAUCGAUAAUGAGUUAUGUCACGACAAAAUGGAACAAUCGCGAUCAAUGAUCUUGUGAUCAUUUUUCUCAGCUUAACGCAUAUCGACGAGUGUAAAUCUCGAUUUCUCGACGAUUCAUUGAGAAGAGAUCUCGGCCAGAAUUUCUACGUUCGAUCGUUCACCACGGCCGUGCGAGGCCGUGCGAAAAAAUUAUUUAUUUAUAUAGUCUAUCGGUUGUAUUUAUUGAAGACGGUUUAUUUGCGCGUUGCAAGUUCGCUUGAGGGAGUACAGGAUAAACGAAGACGAAGAAUAGAAAAAAAGAGGCGGUGCGGAAGUGGUGAGAAGGAUUUGUUUCGCAGGAAAAAUCAAAUUAACCCCACCCCCCC